GUGACUUUGCUGCUUCAGAGGUUUAGGAUAAAAAGGAAAGACAAAGGGCAGUAGCAGAUUGAAAGUUCUGUGAUUCAAAUAGAAUCCAAAUUCAAUGAAGGAAAAUGAAUCAGAGACACAGGAACCAUUACUUCCCUAAUUAAUUUUUAUAUGCAAUAAACUUUUUUCUUUUCUUCUCUAACAAACGUAUUUCAAGUCAACUAUUUCAAUUCUAUCUUCUUUUGUGCUUCAUUCUUUUUUGCAAAGCAGCUUUGAUUGCAAUCUGACCGGUGUCUGUGUUUUCCUUCCACUUCUCUUUGCUAUCUCUAUCCUCCAUUCAUAGAUGAUCUCAGCAGUUUCUGCUACUUCUUCUUCAUCUUCAAGGACAGUAACCACUACGACCCACACCAUUGCAACGGAAGAACAUUCUAUCAAGUCAACCACAUUAACCAACAAUAACAGUAACAGCCCUCGUCUCAUACGAAAGACGAACAGUAACAGAAAGAAUGCAGAGAAUGUCAAAGUAACUGUACGUUGUAGGCCGCCUAAUCCUAAAGAAUACAAUCAUCAGUCUUGCUGGAAGGUCGAUCAAGAGCUAAAUAAGAUAACGAGUGACAUUCAGCAACAAAAUCAACAUAAGAAACAACAUGAAUUUUUGUUUGAUCAUGUGUUUUAUGGCAGUGAUAAUGAAGCAUUGUAUUCAACUAGUGUGAAUCAUUUGAUAAAUCAAGCUAUGGAAGGAUACAAUGUUACUGUAUUUGCAUAUGGUCAAACUGCGAGCGGAAAGACUUUUACAAUGAUGGGUAAUGAUGCAGAGCCUGGAGUCAUACCGAGAUCAGUAGAUAACGUCUUUGACUAUAUCAAAAAGUCUGUCACCCGUGAAUUUUUGUUACGUGUAUCUUACCUUGAAAUAUACAAUGAAACGAUCAGGGAUUUAUUGGAUCCAGCCAAUAACAGCUUGAAAAUUCAUCAAGAUAAGAUAAGAGGCAUUUAUGUUACACCAUUGACGGAGGAAGUAGUGACCACACCAGAAGACGUUCUUAGAGUCAUUGAAAGAGGAGAAGCCAAUAGACAUAUCAGCUCUACAGAUUACAAUUUGCAUAGCAGUCGAAGUCAUACGUUAUUUCAAAUGGUUAUUGAAAGCAGAGAAAGAACAGCAACGAAUAAUGCAGCGAACGUGUCUCUGAAGCCUCCGAAGAGGACCUUUACAUCCAUGGGGUAUGGAAAUAGUCUGAAAUCGAAAGAUGCUAUUAAGAUAUCACAAUUGAACUUGAUUGAUUUGGCUGGAUCAGAAAAAGCUGCAUCAGACGAAAAUAGACGAAAAGAAGGCUCCUAUAUCAAUAAAAGCUUAUUGACAUUAGGCACUGUCAUUUCUAAAUUGACUGAACAGCAACAGGCAUCACAUACCCAUAUACCCUUUCGUGAUUCAAAGUUGACGCGUUUACUACAGACUGCUCUCACGGGCCUUGCGAAGGUGGCUGUUAUCUGUACCAUUCACCCUUCUCUGCAAUCUAUGGAAGAAUCGUUGAAUACCCUCAAAUUCGCAUCACGUGUAAAGAAGAUAACCACGCAUGCGAAAAAUGACGAGAUUCUGGAGGAUGAAAAUAGUAAAGCUUUAUUACAAAAAUAUCGAACAGAAAUAGCAGAAUUAAAGUCGAAAUUAGAAUCUACGUCGAACAUAUUACAAAAGGAAAAGGAAAAGACGCAGUCUGCUAUAAUCCAAGAAAGAAGGGAUCAUGAUCAACAAAUGAGACAGAUGUUGAAUAUACGUAAUAUGAUGAAAGAGAGAAUUGAUCAUUUAACAAGGCUGAUUUUAACUUCGUCCAACGUGGAUCACAAUCAUCUUAUUUCUUCUGCCUCUACUGCUGCUGCUACUUCUGCUUCUUCAUUACUCACAAAUAACUACUUACCUUACCUUUCGGAUAGUUCUUCUAGUUAUGAUAAUGUAUCUCAUGUCGAUUCUCUUCUCAUAACAGAUCCAUCAUCAACAGGUGACGAAAACUGCAACACUAACUAUCAUCAUUUGCUCUCAGCCAACGUCUCCUGCCCCUCCAACUCAGCCGCAGACAUUAUGAUUCAAGAUUUACGUCGACAGGUGGAGCGUUUGACAAUAGAAGCACGACAAAAAGACCAACGUAUCCUUUCUUUAGAAGAACAAUUACGCCAUCAGAUCUCAUUAAACUCUCAAUUAGAAACAAGUCUAAGUGUAACAAAAGCAGAAUUAGAAGUAACCAAUUUAUUGGCAGCGAACAAUGAGAUAGAUAACGAGCAGAGGGAUAGCAUGAGAAUUAUGUUCCAAAGAGGCACAAUGAACAGUUUGGAAAAACAAUAUACAUUGCCAACACAAAGACAACCGGUGAACACUAUAAGAAAACAACAAACGAUGUAUUCUUUCCAGUAAAAGUUAGCUUGCAAAGAUAAUUUUACCGGUUUUAGAAAGAAAAGGGGAAAGGAACCUAAAUAGGUUACAUUCAUUUUCUUACAAAAAUAAAGCAAGCUUCUAUUCCAAAUACUUCUUUAUAAUAAUCCAUUGUUAAUGAAUUAUGGUUUCAUUAAGAAGAUUUUACUUUUUAAGGAAAAGCAUUU